AACUUCUCAAUGUUUGCCGCCAGUCUGAGUCAGUUACUAGCCAGAGACGUUUGUGUCGUGAGUAUUUAGUGUUUCCUAGUGAGUUUAUUUACUUCUAUCAUUAAAGUAUUAUAUUGUCUGUGCUUCUGUCAUCUUAAUUAACAUGAGCAAAGAAUUUUGGAAUCGGGAAAACACUGUUAAGUUGAUACAAUUGUACGAAUCUCACAAGUUGUUGUGGGACAACGGAAACAGUGAUUACAGAGACAAGUGUAAACGAAAGGACGCUUAUGCGAGUAUUGCUGCUGAGUUGGGAGUGAACGUGGAGGAUGUCAACAAGAAACUUGAAAGCCUAAUGGUGCAAUACAGAAGAGAGAGAAGAUCAGGAACCGGGACGUCUGAACGAAAGGUGUGGUGGGGUCUUCCUUAUUUUAAAUUUCUAAUCGACAAAUAUUCAAGAUCAUCUAUGCCUAAUAUGAAUAUGACCCAACAAGCUAUUGUGGAAUUCGCAGAACCGUUGAGUGACAAUGGAUCUGGUUUCUCAAGUGACACCCCAUCACCAAUGGGUUCUACAAGUUCAAUAAGCAGUAGGCCUAAACUUUUCACACCGAAACAAGACAGAAAUUCCAAGCGUGGUGCCAAGAGGAGGCGAACGGACGACGCGUUUCAUCUAGUGGAGACUUGCUAUGACGACAUCCAACAGGAGCAGAAACUGACAAAGGAUGAUCACUCAGUGUACGUAGAGUAUGUUGCCAGUCGGAUUCGAAAAAUAAAAAAUCCAAUGAUCCAGUGUAUGGUGAAAAAUAAAAUCGACAACGUUAUUUUUGAAGCAGAAAUGGAAGAUUUAAAAGAACAAGGAAACAAACUGUGAGCACAUCGAUGACAUGACAUUGACAUUUCACUGAGAGCUACAAUAUGUUGGUGGUAUUUCUUCCGUUGUCCCACAGUGAUUCAUCUCAUUUGGAAAAUGUUUAAUUAUUUGUUUGUAAGUGUAAGAUGAAAUAUAGUUGUUCCCAAGGUAA